AUGGGCCGACUGGUCACCCUGGGGAUCCACGGACUCCUUUCCCUCUGCAUCCAUCUUUCGGCUGCGUCCUUAGAGGAUGAAAAAGAUCCAAAGUAUUGGAACGAGAGAGCCGGGCAGACGCUGCAAUCCGCACUCAAGUUGACUCCAGUGGCCCAUCGAGCGAAGAACGUUAUUCUUUUCCUGGGAGACGGCAUGGGCAUCCCCACCAUCUCUGCCGCCCGCAUCUUUAAGGGCCAGAUGGACGGAGGACCCGGCGAGGAGGCUGUGCUGGCGAUGGAGGAAUUCCCCUAUGUUGCCCUGUCCAAGACUUACAACGUUGACCGGCAGGUGUCGGACAGUGCUGGAACGGGCACCGCCUAUUUGUGCGGGGUGAAAGCCAACGCCAAGACCUUGGGCGUGAGCGCCGCGGCCGUCUACGACCAGUGCAAUACCACCUUUGGCAACGAGGUGUACUCCAUCCUGCAUCGGGCGAAGUUAGGAGGCAAGGCUGUGGGGAUUGUGACGACCACCCGCAUCCAGCACGCCUCUCCGGGGGCUUCCUACGCGCACUCGGUCAACCGAGACUGGUACGCUGACGACGACUUGCCAGAAGAGGCCAUCCGGGAGGGCUGCAAAGACAUUGCUUACCAGCUGGUCCACAAUACAGACAUCAAUGUGAUCCUGGGAGGGGGCCGGAAGUACAUGACGCCCCGGCAGACACCCGACCCUGAAUAUCCGGAUGAUUCUAAGCAGAAUGGGACCCGGAACGAUGGUCUGAACCUCAUUGAAAUGUGGAUGAGCGCCAAGGAGGGCGCCCAAUAUGUCUGGAAUAAGACUGGCCUCGAAGCUGUGGACGAAAACUCCACCAACUAUCUCCUGGGCCUCUUCGAGCCCAAGGACAUGACAUACGAGCUGGACCGGGACAACGCCACGGACCCGUCCAUCGUGGAGAUGACUGAGGCGGCCAUUCGUGUCUUGAGCAAGAACCCCAACGGCUUCUUCCUCUUUGUGGAAGGAGGUAAAAUCGACCACGGACAUCACCAAGGCAAAGCCAAGCAAGCCCUGAUGGAGGCCGUGAUGCUGGACCGGGCCGUGGAGCGGGCCGGAGAGCUGACCAACGCCUCGGAGACCCUCAUGGUGGUGACGGCCGACCAUUCGCACGUCUUCACCUUCGGGGGCAAAACACCCCGUGGCAACAACAUCUUCG